UUGAGGUCAUCAUAUGGCAUACAAUUUGUGUUUGUCAGGGACAGGUCGCCUGUCCUUCAGCUCAGCUCAAAUUGCACCUCAGUGGUGGAUGCGCUGAAGGCAUUUUCGAGUCUGGGGGGCCCAUCGCUGAAUGUGACAUGUGGAACUGACGGUAACGAAACUCUGUGGUUCAUAAUCGACUCUGCGUGGAACAAUAUGUAUCCAGAGGAAUAUGAGAUUCAGGCUUCAUUGGUAAGCCUAGCGAGUCCACUUUUGCCUGUUCCAGCUGAAGUCAAGGCAGACCUGACUUUUACAAGAUUGCAACCAUUCCGCGCAGAUGUUUAUGGGACAUUCAGCCUCUAUCAAACGACCGAAAGCAAGAGAGUCUCCAUACCAGCUGAUGCGAGCGCAUAUGUCAUGCAACAAGCUGUCGAGCAACUCACGGGCAUCGCAGACAUCUCUGUUGCAAAAGACAUAGCCAACGAAGUGGACAUGGUUCUCCGGCAAUGGAGUGUGACGUUCCCAUUCCAUCCUACUGAUCGGCCUCUCUUAAUUCCAGAGGCAAAUGAUCUUUAUGGCAGUCAGCCCACUUUUGAUCAAACAGUCCGGGUUGCAAAUCGCUCUCAAUUGUUGGGAGGUCAGAUUCGUGUGAAAUAUGGCAGCAGCAAUUACAUCCCAUUGGCAUACAACGCAUCAGCAGCAGAGAUGAAGAAUGCUCUUGAGUCUAUGGCUGGCAUCGGUCUUGGAUCCCUGAAAGUGGAGAGGAGCUCUGAAGGAGAACCGGAGUAUGUGAUUAUAUGGACAAUCACAUUCGUUGGUGAAAAGCUACCCGCCGAUCCCUCACUCAUUGUUGUUGAUAGAUCACUCUUGACUGGAUCCGGCGUGCAAGUCAGUGUCACAGAGGUUGUCAAGGGGUCAUAUGAUCGAUUUGUCGGGCCUCUCACAGCAGACUACCUCCGAGUUCCAGUGGUUGAUCCUAUGCAGAUCGAUGUCAUUGUCAAUGGCAUUGUGGGUACUCGUAGUGGGAAGGAGACUAGCCCCUAUAGCAAGGAGCAGCAAGAAAAGAUGGCCGCCUUAGUCAGAGAGAACAGGGAGAGAAAAGAGCGUGAGAAGCAAGCGAAGCUAAAGGCUAUCGCAGACGAGCAGGCGGCGAAGAUGAAGAGGUUGGAGGAGGAGAUGAAGAGAGUACAACAAGAGGAAGAAAGAAGAAAAGUUGUUGAAGCAGAAGCGGCAGCAGAAGAAGAGAAAGAGAGAAUGAGGAUUGAGAGUGGAGAAGGGAGCAGUGGUGGCACGAUGAUGAGGGAGACAGAUAUUGAGAUGGAGAAGAAGAUCAGCGAGUGGGUCGCUAAUUUAUCGUUGGGUGAAGAGGAGGAGGCAGAGUCCUAUGUGACUGACGAUGAGAGGGCUGCGCUAGCUAAGGUAGCGAAGGUGCAAGCGUACAGGCAGGAGGUGUUGGCCCAGACGGAUGAUAAGGCCAAGUGGGACAAGGUACUGGGGUACCUGGAAGUGUUGAGCAAGGCCUGGAUGGAAGAGCGCCAGGCUAGCUGGAGCCAAGAUGUAGCCUUAAGUGCCAUGCGGUCAGGGUUUAGAGACUUUGCGCGCGAGAUCGUCACCCAUAUUGGGGGCGAAGUUAAGCAAUUGAGAGACAAUGUAGGGAAGUUUUGUGAGGGCGCCAUUCGGGGUGCUAAAGCUGUAGCCGCUGUAGAGGGAGAGGCCAGACCCCGUAAGGACCCAGUGAAACUUAAGUUCCCAGAUGCGUACGGGGGAGAGAAGGAAGAAAACUUUGACAACUGGGAAGCCAGUGUCAAUAGUUAUAUUUACUUACAUCACAUCCUGAUUGAGGAACAAGUCCUCGUGGCCUUCCAGGCCCUCAAAGAUGAAGCGGCUAGUUUCGCCAGGUCUCUCGCGCGUACAGCCGGUUGUGAAAACAACCUGGUUGCAUAUUCCAAAGUCACCCCUCUUUCCCAAUUCCUCAAGUUCCUCAAGGAGCGUUUCGCUAACCCAACGCGAGGCAUUAGAGCCUUUGACAAGCUGCAAACGAUCCACUCACGGCAGUGGAGGAGUGUUAGGCCACUCAAGGGUACCAUGGACGACUUAGUGGCCGUCCCGGACCAUGGGGUCACUGAGACCCAGUUGGUCCAAUUGUUUUAUCGUGCCAUACCAGAGGCCCUGCGUGGGCACUUCUUUGACAAAUCUCAGCAGGUUGGCAUCACAUAUGAUGCAUUCAGUAGGGAAGUCGUCCUGUAUGAGUCAAAGUCUAUGCCAAUUACCACCUUCUGGCACAAGGACUUGGAGAAGGGGAAAGGGUGGAAAGGGCGUACCAUCUCUGGCCAAGUCAAGGCCAAGGAUCACAUGAUCCUUACCUUAGAGGAAGGUGGUACUGAUGAGGUCCCAUACAGUCAGAUAGAGUGGGGCCUCGAGGAUGAUGGCAGUAGUGUGGGGCAAGGGAGGUCCUAUGCUGUUGUCGCGGCUGGAGGGAGGCCGCAAGGUCGAGGUGGAGGCCAGGGCCAAAGGGGCCAUGCCAUGGGAGGCCGAGGACCGGGCGCACAGGGGGUUGGCGGCCAAGGAAACCGCCAAGCGGGAGGUAGGGGUCAAGGUCCCUCGUUAAAUCGCCAGGGUAAUUGGUCCCCACAGCGAGGAGGUGGAAGAGCACCUCAAGGAGGAUGGCACCUAGGCUUGCCACAGGGCAGGCCCUUGGAAGACUUGGGCUUGGACCAGCGAGUAUGCCAGGAACGCGUGAACAUGGGUCAGGGCGUAUUCUGUGGUGACCCGGCGCACGAGCAGUUAGAGGAGCAGGUCUUUGUAGUGUAUGUUAGACCUGUCACCGAGGGCAAGGAAGAGGUAGCUUCCACGGAUCCAACCAUAGUCAAGUUGCUGGAAGAGUUCAAAGACCUGACUGAGUCGCCGACAGGGGUAGUGUCGCGACCCAUCCAGCACCGGAUAGAGAUAGAGCCUGGCAGUAAAACUCCUAAGGGUGCAGUCUACAGGAUGUCCCGUAGAGAGUUAGAGGAGCUCCGCAAGCAGUUAGAUGAGCUCCUAGAGAAAGGUUGGAUCAGGCCCAGUUCGUCUCCUUUUGGAGCACCAGUCCUGUUUGUCCCAAAGAAGGAGGGAGAACUUCGUAUGUGUAUAGACUAUAGGGGUUUGAACGCGAUUACUGUGAAGAAUGCUGAGCCACUGCCCAGGAUAGACGAUCUUCUAGAUCGGGUGCAGGGUUGCAAGUAUUUCUCCAACAUAGACUUGAAAUCCGGAUACCAUCAGAUAGAAGUCCAUCCUGAUGACCAGUACAAGACUGCGUUCCGGACUAGAUACGGGCACUAUGAGUUCAUAGUGAUGCCCUUUGGACUAACCAACGCGCCAGCUACCUUCCAGCGUUGUAUGAAUGACCUGUUUAGACCGCGGUUAGAUAAGUUUGUAGUAGUCUAUUUAGAUGAUAUCCUAGUUUUCAGUAAGACCCUCCAGGAGCACCAGGGUCAUCUGAGGCAGGUCUUGGAGAAGCUACGAGAGAGAAACUUCAAGAUCAACGCAAAGAAGUGUGAGUGGGCCAAGACACAAGUUUUGUACUUGGGCCACGUGUUGGACAGAGAUGGCAUUAAGCCCGAGGACAGCAAGAUAGCGGCGAUUAGAGACUGGCCGACGCCCCGCACAUUGACAGAGUUGCGGUCGUUCCUAGGCUUAGCUAACUACUAUAGGAAGUUCGUGAGGAACUUUUCCACUAUCGCCGCCCCCUUGCACAGACUGCUAAAGAAAGAGGCAAUCUUGCAAUGGGACAAAGACUGUACGUCUGCGCUCAAGAAGUUAAAGCGCGCGUUAAUAGAAUAUCCCGUCCUCAAAGUAGCAGAUCCGUCCUUGCCAUUUGUCAUUACCACGGACGCAAGUCAAUAUGGGAUAGGCGCCGUGUUGCAGCAAGACGACGGCAAUGGCUAUAGACCCGUAGAGUUCAUGUCAGCGAGGAUGCCCUGUGAGAAGGUUGUUACCUCCACGUACGAGAGAGAACUCUACGCUCUUAGGCAGACUUUAGACCAUUGGAAGCACUAUCUGCUUGGGAGGCACUUCAAAGUGUAUUCUGACCACGAGACACUUCGUUGGUUAAAGACACAGGCCAAGAUGACACUUAAGUUGACUAGGUGGGCCGCAGAGAUAGACCAAUUCGACUUUGAGCUCAGGCCAGUGAAGGGCAAAUACGACGUAGCUGUGGAUGCUCUGAGUAGGAGAUCAGACUACUUUGGAGCUGUAGUACACUAUCUGGAUAUAGGGAGAGACCUGCAGGAGAAAGUGAAGCAAGCAUAUGCGCAGGACCCUAUCUAUAGCGACCUCCUAAAGAGAGUUAGAGAGGUCCCAAAGAUUGAACCAGAUUACCGCACUACAGACGGGUUGCUGUUUGAGAAGACUAAUGUGUUUGACUGCCUGUGCGUCCCCAACAGCGAAGGGAUCCGCAGUUUAAUUUUAGGGGAAUGCCACGAUACUGAAGGGCAUUUCGGUUGGCAAAAGACACUAGCCAAUCUGAUGCGUGCGUAUACCUAGCCAGGGAUGAAGAAUGACUGCAUAGAGUAUGUCCGCAGUUGUA